AUGUCUUGGGCCUCCGCGAGGCUUGAUUCGCACCAGCAGCAACAGCAGCAGCAGCAGCAGCAGCAGCAGCAACAGCAGCAGCAGCAGCAGCAGCAGAAGCAGCAGCAGCCAUGCAGCUGCAACAUUAGCAGCAGCAGCCUCAACAGCAGCAGCAGCACGAACACCAGCAGCAGCAGCAGCACGAACACCAGCAGCAUCCUCGUCAGCGGUAUCAAGAGCAGCAGCAGCACCACCACCACCAUCAGCAUCAGCAAAACCAGCAGCAGCAGCAGCAGCAGCAGCGGCAGCAGCAGCAGCAGCAGCGGCAGCAGCAGCAGCAUGUGGCGCAUGGCAGCUUUAGUAGGCGGGGGGAGUUCUUCGCAGGGUGGGGGGGCGCAGCAGCUGGCCCCUCUAUCUCUUGCUGCUGCUGCUGCUGCUGAUUGUGCUGCUGCAGCACUGCCGCUGCUGCAGCGGGAUUUGCUGCUGCAGUGCAGCAGCGGCCACAGAAAAGGAGAACUGCAUGCGCUUCCUCCUGAUGCCCCUCUAGCUGCUGCUGUUGCUGCUCUUGCUGCUGCACCUGCUGCUGCUGCUGCUGCUCCUGCUGCUGCUCCUGCUGCUGCUCCACCUGCUGCUGCUGCAGCUGCUGCUGCGCCUCACCAUGUACCGCACAAACACAGUGACGCGCUGCAGCAGCAGCAGCAGCAGCAGCAACAGCAAGAGCAACAGCAGCAGCAGCAGCAGCAGCAGCAACAGCAGCAGCAGCAGGAUGUUUCGCCUCCAACACAUUCGGAAGAGAUUUUGUGGUUGGAGGUGCGCGGAGACAGACCGACGCCUGUAGCUGUGUCUUCUGCUGCUGCUGCUGCUGCUGUUGCUGCUGCUGCAAGCCAGUCAGCAGCAGCAACAGCAGCAGCAGCAGGGUCUCGGGCUCAGCGGCUUCAGCUGCAGGGUGCCCCCGAUUUGCUGCUGGAGAUGGAGGGACCAGAAAACAGCAGCAGCAGCAGCAGCAGCAGCAGCAGCUGCAGCAGCAGCAGGGAUUUGCUGCUCGAGUUUUUAGAGGUGUACGGGCUGCAGCACUUAGCUGCUGCUGUCCGCAGCAAGCUGCAGCAGCUGCUGCAGCAGCGGGGUUGCUGCUGCAGCAGGGGAAGGCUGCAGCAGCUGCUCGGCAGCAGGCCCAGGCUUCAGGGUGUACGCACAGCAGCAGCAAACGCUGCAGCAGCAGCAGACGCAGCAGCAGACGCAGCAGCAUGUGCAGCAGCAGAUGCAGCAGCAGAUGCAGCAGCAGCAGUGGCUAGAAGCAGCUGCAGCAGCGAUGGCAGCAGCAGCGACAGAAGCAGCAGCGGCGACAGCAGCAGUAACGACAGCAGCAGCAGCACAACUGCAUGCAGCAGCAGCAGCAGCUGCUGCGAGGCCGACGCAGCUUCUGAAGGAACCCGAGAAUCCCCCCAGCCAGCAGCAGCAGCAGCAGCAACAGCAGAUGCAGCAGCAGCAGCAGCAGCAGCAGCGACUCCUCUUAGCUCAGGGGUCGAACAUACUGGGGCAGCACCAACUGCUGCUGCUGCUGCUGCUGCUGCUGCUACGACAGCAACAGCAGCAGCAGCAGCAGAUGCAGCAGCAGCAGCGGGACGUGAUGGCUUUGAAUGCCUUCCCUCCGCUGCGGAUAGCAGCAAGAGCAGCAGCAGCAACAGCAGCAGCAGCAGCAGCAGCAGCAGCAGCCCUGUGCGUAGAAAGGGAGGCAGCAGCAGCAGCGACACCAACAGCAGCAGCGGCAGCACCACUGGUGCUGCUGCAUGUACACCCGAAACAACGACGAGCCCGCUUGAUAGCCCUGCAGGCCGUGCAGUAGAUACACCCCUCAGCAGCAGCAGCAGCAGCAGCAACAGCAGCAGCAACAGCAGCAGCAGCAGCAGCAGCAGCAGCAGCUGUUGUAGCUGGUGUGCAGCCCACCCGUUGGAGUGUCUGUACAGCUUGGGCCCUGAAACUUUUUUUGUGCCUCGCAGGAGGCGUCAGCAGCAGCAGCAGCAGCAGCAGCAGCAGCAGCAGCAAGGGGCGUUGCUACAGCAGAGGCGGCAGCGGCUGCUGCCGCAGCAGCAGCACCUACAGCAGCAGCAGCAGCAGCAGCAGCAGCAGCAGCAGCAGCAGCAUUCGAAUCGGAGCAGCUUUUGGCAGUCUCGUGCUCCUUCCUCUGUGGUACCCCUUGUGCUUCCUCCCCCCAGCAGCAACAGCAGCAGCAACAGCAGCAGCAGCAGCAGCAGCAGCAGCAGCAGCAGCAGCAGGGAGGAGGUGUCGCCAGGAGACUGGAUGCAGUGGGCUGUUGCUUGCGCCGAGCUGCCGCUCUUUCUCCCCUCAGACAGCCGCAGCAGGCGGCUGCUGCUGCUGCAUGCAGAGACGAGAGAGACAGUUGCUGCUGUUGGUUGGUCGGGGGUAGUUGUUGCUGCUGCUGCACGUGCUGCUGCUGCUCCUGCUGCUGCUGCUCCUGCUGCUGCACCUGCUCCUGCUGCUGCUGCUGCUGCCGCACCUGCUGCAGCAGCAACAGCGACAGCUCACACUACCAGACCGCCGCUGCUGCUCCCGAAACAGCUGCUGCUGCUGCAGCAGCAACGCGCAGCAGCAGCAGCAGCAGCAGCACCACCGAGGCUACCACGAACGCCGAUAAAACCGAUUAAAGAGCCGCAUGCAGGUGCAGCAGCAGCAGCAGCAGCUGCUGCUGCUGCUCCUGCUGCUGCAGGGCAUGCAACCCCUGCAGCAGCAACGCCCAGCUACAGCAGCAGCCGCAGCAGCGGCAGCGCCAGCGGCUUCGCAAUGUCUUCACCCUAUUCACCUGCUGCUGCUGCAGCAGCAACAGCAGCAGCAGCAGCAGCAGCAACAGCAGCAACAGCAGCAGCAGCAGGCCCGUUUGUACGCAGAGUUGGCAGCAGCGCCAUCCGUAGCGGCAGAAACUGCUGCAGGGAGACGAGCAGCCGCAGCAGCACGCGUGCGAGCUGCAGCAGCAACAGCAGCAGCAACACCAGCAGCGGCAGCAGCAGCAGCAACACCAGCAGCAGCAGCAGCAGCAGCAGCAGCGGCAUGUGGGGCGAGCAGCGAACGCUCAAAUCCCCCGUCGCCGGGACAGGGCAGGAGAGCUGGAUGCAUGCGAAGGGGCAGCGCAUGCAGCAGCAGCAGCAGCAGCAGCAGCAACAGCAACAGCAAGAGCAGGAGCAGCAGCAGCGUUGUUCCAAAGAGCAGCAGCAGCGGGCGCAGCAACAGGAGCAGCCGCUGCAGCAGGAGCAACAGCAGCAGCUGCAGCAGCCUUCCGUAGCAUCUGAUGCUUCCUCUCCUAACAGCAGCAGCAGCAGCAGCAGCAGCAGCAGCAGCAGUAGCAGCAAACGUGAGAGUUGCAUAGAGUGCAACGAGCCGAGCCCUGCUGCUGCUACUGGGGCUGUUGCAGCAGCAGGAGCAGCAGCAGCAGCAGCAGCAGCAAGUGAGAAUGAUAGAUGCCCGCAGCAGCCGGCGAACAGCACGCGAUCUCAGCUGCCUCCCCCCCACUGCAGCGCAGCAGCAGCAGCAGCAGCAGCAGCAGCAGCAGCAGCAGCAGAAGCAGAUGCAGCAGCAGCAGCAGCAGCAGCACACGAUGGGGGGAUACGAGCAGCACAUGGAGAGGAGACUGUCUCCUUCAAUCCAGCAGCAGCAGCAGCAGCUGCUGCUGCUCUUGGCGAGGUACCAGUAGCAGCAGCAGCACCUGCUGCAGCUGCUGCAGCAGCAGCAUUGCCGUCAGCAGCAGCAGCAGCAGGAGAGCAGGCAACAACUGCAGCAGGAGAGUCAGCAGCAGACCAGAUAGAGCAGCAAGCAGCAGACCAGAUAGUAACAGCUGCAGCAAGCGAGCCUGCAACAGGAGCAGCAGCUGCUGCUGCUGAUGUAUCUCCCCUGCCGAGCCACGUAUCUGUCUGCUCUCCUCUUCCUGCUGCAGUAGAUGGUCAGGCAGCAGAGGCAGCAGCAGCAGCAGCAGAGCCAGCAGCAGCAGCAGCAGAGCCAGCUGCGGCAGCAGCAGCAGCAGCAGCAGCAACAACUGCAGCAGAAGGUGCGUGGCCAUCUCUCCUUGCUGCUGCGCGUGCCGAGAAGCCCCACCCCACCACCGCACUUGCUGCUGCAGCAGCAGCAGCAGCAACAGCAGCAACUGCUGCUGCAGCAGACACAGAUCAAAUUCCGCCUGCUGCAGCUACAGCAGCAAACCCAGCAGCAGCUGCAGCAGCAACUGCAGCAGCAACUGCAGCAGACACCACAGCAGCAACUACAGCGACUGCAGCAGAGAAUGCAGCAGAAACUACAGCAGCAACAGCAGCAGCAACAGUUACAGAAACAGCAGCAGGAACUGCAGCAGCAGCAGCAGCAGAAAGUGCAGCAGCAACUGCAGCAGGAACUGCAGCAGCAGCAGAGUCUCAGCCACGGGCCUCUGGUUUUUUGAAUGCUGCUGCUUCCGGGCCUUCUCCGCUGGGAGCAGCAGCGUCCCCAUCCGCCGCAGCAGCAGCAGCAGCAGCAGCAGCAGCAGCAGCAGCAGCAACAGCAGCAGCACCGACAGAAGCAGCAGCAACAGCUGCUGCAGAGCCAAAGCAGCCAACCGUUUUUCUCUCCUCCCCUGCAGUUGCUGCUGACAUGAAGCUGCUGCAGCAUACUAAAGAGCAGCGGCAGCAACAGCAGCAGCAGCAGCAACAGCAACAGCAGCAGCAGCAGCAGCAGCAACAGAAGCAGCAGCAGCAGCAACAGCAGCAGCAGCAGCAGCAGCUGCAACAGCAGCAGCAGCAGCAGCAACAGCAGCAGCAGCAGCAGCAGCCGCAACGACGGUGGCUGACGAGGAGUUUCUCAGCAGUUGUUCAAGCCGGACGCGUGCUGCCGGACAAGCAGCAGCAGCAGCAGCAGCAACACCAGCAGCAGCAGCAGCAACAACACCAGCCGCAACACCAGCAGCAACACCAGCAGCAACACCAGCAGCAGCAGCAGCAGCAGCAGCAGCAGCAGUUCUGCCGAACUGUGCACAUGGCAGGGGAGUUUGGUGAUGCAGCAGCACCAGCAACAGCAGCAACUGCAGCAACAGCAGCAACAGCAGCAACUGCAGCAACAGCAGCAGCUGCAGCAACAGCAGCAGCAGCUGGCAGCAAAUUCCUCUGCAACACCUACAGAAAGGGUGAGAGUAGCUGCAGCACCAGCAGCAACGCCAGCAGCAGCAGCAGCUGCAGCAGCAGCAGCAGCAGCUGCAGCAAGCAGCAGCUGCGUUGGGCUUCUCUUGGCGUCCGCGAAUUGAGGCGGCGUGUGGGGAUUGACAGCUGCAGCAGCAGCAACAGCAGCAGCAGCAGCAGCAGCAGCAGCGGCAGCGACAGCAGCAGCGAUGAGGAGGGGUCAGCAGCAAAAGGAAGCAGCAGGAAGUCUUGGGCUGUGCGGAUGCAGCAAACGCGGCAGCUGCAGCAGCAGCUGCAGCAGCAACAACAGCAGCAACUGCAGCAGCAGCUGCAGCAGCAGCAGCAGCAGCAGCAACAGCAGCAGCAGCAGCAGCAGCAGCAUGGCUCCUGCAUUUGUAUUUCCGGGGAUUUCCCUCCUUUUUUUAUUGGCUUCGUCAACGGUGUUUAUCAGAUCCGUUUGCUGCAGCAGCAGCAGCAGCAGCAGCAGCAGCAACAGCAGCAGCAGCAGCAGAACCCUAUACGUAGAUGUUGGAGUUCUACAGUUGCAGCAGCAGCUGGCAGCAGCAGCAGCAGCAGCAGCAGCAGCAGCUUAACACCAGAAGUGAAUUACGUCGUAGCCCGCAAGAGCAGCAACACCAGCAGCACCACCACCACCAGCAGCAACAGCAGCAGCAGCAGCAGCAGCAGCAGCAGCAGCAGGAGAAAGGGGGCUGUGCUGCUGCAGCUGCCGCUGUGGUCCGGGGAGAGAGGCCGAAGCGGAGACAGUGUAUGGGUGGGUGGUUGCUGCUGGUGUGUGUCUGUGUUUGCUGCUGCAGCAGCAACACGACAGGGAUACAGAGCAGCACUAGAAGACAGAGAAACAAUAAUAGAUAGUUUAUUUUGUUUGUCUCCUCCUGCUGCUGCUGCUGCUGCUGCUCCUGCUCCUGCUGCUGCUGCUGCUGCUGCUGGUGCUGCUGCUGGUGCUGCUGCUGCUGCUGCUAUUCCUGUAUCCUUUUAUGGUGUAUAUGAUGGGCACAAAGGGGCGGCGUGUGCGGUGUAUGCACAGCAGCAGCUGCAUGCGCAGCUGCAGCAAGCAGUGUAUAGUUGCUGCGGCAGCAUAGAUCUAUCUUGUGGGGUGUAUAGGGACCUCACGCGGUGUCUAUAUAGAGCGUUUCUCUCUACCGAUAGAUUAUUUUUGUCUCUUUCUGAGCAGCAACAAGCAGCAAGUGGUGCUGCUGCUGUUGCUGUUGUUGUUGCUGGGUCUCUGCUGCUGUGCGCUAACUGCGGAGACAGCAGAGCGUGUCUUUGUAGGGGAGGAGCAGCAGUUGACCUCUCCCUAGACCAUCGACCCUACAGACAGGACGAAGCAGCACGCAUACUAGCUGCUGGCGGCCACAUAAAACAGAGAAGGGUGUUGGGGCGUUUGGGCGUCUCGAGAGCUCUGGGGGACAGACACUACAAGUACGGCUGGACAGCAGCAGCAGCAGCAAGCAGCAGCAGCAGCAGCAGCAGCAGCAGCAGCAGCAAGCAGCUGGUGAUAGCUGAGCCAGAAGUACGCGCGCUGCUGCUGCAGCAAAAUGAUGAAUUUGUUUUGGUUGCAUGCGACGGCCUUUUUGACGUCAUGAGCAGCCAGGAGGCUGUCUCCUUUGUCCGCAGCAAGCUGCUGCUGCUGCAGCAGCAGCAGCAGCAACAGCACCAGCAGCAGCAGGGGGAGCAGCAGGGGGAGCAGCAGCAGGGGUGCUGCUGCAGCAGCAGCAUGCUGCAGCAAGCUGCUGAAGCACUCAUCACCGAAGCCAUCGAUGUAAGGCGCAGCAGAGACAACGUCACCUGUCUCCUAGUUGACCUCAGGCCCCCCACAGCAGCAGCAGCAGCAGCAGCAGCAGCAGCAGCAACAGCAGCAGCAGCAGCAACAACAGCAGCAGCAACGGCAGCUGCAGCAUGUGCUGCUGCAGCAAAAGUGAAAAGCAGCAGCAGCAAAUGA